AUGUCAGAUUCGGUGCGCUCGCAUAAGAACCACGAUGAUCAAGAUGGUGAACAUCCUAAGGUUUCUGUCACAGCUCCUGGCGGACUUCAGGAUCUGCAAGAUGGCUUUAACACCCUGUCUUUAACAACGAGAGACCCAAUAUCAAGGCUCAGUAUCCUCAAAACGGUUCGCUCGAUACGUGGACGUGCUCGACUCGAAUACGGACGGGUGCAUACAGCUCUGAACGCCUUCUAUAAGGAUGCUGUGCAAGUGCAAAACCACUCCCAAGCGAGAAUCUUCCGAACAUACAGAGAUCCUAAUCAGCAAGCGCAGAUGCUAGCAACACUGAAAAAGUUUGGCAAUAGCGACUUGGAAGAGGGAUGGUGGAGGCGGCAGGAGAAGCUUGCUGCCGUAUCUUUUGCUUUUGAGCAGGCAGUAACCAAAGAAUUCGAAAGUGCUAUCGAGUCCAAGGAUGUCGAUGGGAAGAUGAAGAAGUACGCACAAGUACUUACCAGUCUCAACGGUGGCGGAAAAGCAAUUGAGAUGCUCCUUGAGCGAAGUCCGGUCAUCUACGGCAAACACAAGUUUGGAGAUCCUAUCUAUUGCCUUGAUGGCAUGGGUGACUAUUCCUACGACAGAUCGUACGACUUCUUCUCGAAGCUUGCAGUGGCUUUUGAUGAGCAAGUAGAUGUCAUGGAGAGAAUCUUCCCACCUGAGGUUGAAGCUAUCAUACCCUUCUUAGAGAAAGUGGGGAAAGCUGUCAUUGGACCAUUUCUUAAUGCACUGCUUGACGAGGCACAUCGCGUCUAUGUUGAAUCGUAUCUCAGGGCUGUAUCCGGGACAUGUGAACAGUGUCUCGGCUGGGCGAGGGCAUCUAAGGCAGCAUCAGUUGCAGGUGACACCUUUCUUGACGCAGCUUUAAAGAUGAUAGUAUCAAUAUUUGAUCCACAUGUGGACCUCUAUCUCAAAGAGGAGCUUGCGUGGUUCAAAGACAAAUCUGAGGCUGAAGUCAGCGAAUGGGAGAGGAAGCUUACCGAACAAGAUGCCACAAUGGAGUCAAUGUACAUGUCGAACGUCAAUCGACAAGCCGAUAAAAGAGAUUUCUUGACCUCGUUCAAAAAAGUCGUCAUGAUGCCCGUAAACGUUUUGCCUUCCUUUCAGAGUAAACCGGCUGCAGCCAAGGCACUUGUCAAUGGCGAAAGAGAAAUUGCAAAAUCGCAGAACUCCACGAGACCGUCUACACCUAGCAUACCAAACGGCACGGAAUUGACUGCUCAUCGAUCAGUUUCACCCAUGCCAGAGCCUCCGACUUCAGAACUAGCAGCGAAAGCCGCCAUUAUGAAGACGAGAUUAGAAGGCAUUCAUUCCCUCUUCAGUAUUGAAGUCGCCCUCAAUCUGGUACACAAAGCCAAAGCCAGCAUCGAGCGAGCGGCCAUCUUUACCAAGCUUGGUGGACGCUUUACGGAAGAUGCCCGUUUACAAUGUGAGCUGAUCUUCAUCGCCCUAUUACAAACCCUAGGUCCAAAACAUGUUCAAGUAGGUUUCGAUCAAGCGGUAGACCAUUUGUCGAAGUACAAUCCUCGCGAUGCUGGUGGGGAGAAACAGCCAGGCAAGACGCCCCUAGUCACAUUCCUUGAGCUCGUCAACGUAGGCGAUCUCAUACAGCAGAUGCUUGACGUCUUUUACGAGCAAGAAAUGGUAGCUGCAAAGCUCACGGAUCGGAACGACUUUCUCAAUCCUGUCGCCAAGGAGAAGAAACGCUUUGAACAAAUGCUCGACUCUCGUGUCGCUGCUGGACUUAACAAGGGCAUCGAAGUACUUAUGGAUGAAGUCGAAUACGUCUGCGCCACUACCCAGAAAGCUGAAGACUUCAAUCCUGGUGCUGCACCGAAUGGGAAGUCGGACAUCCAGGACAUAGGACCAAGCGAUACCGCCCGAAAUAUCACCGACAUUGUGUCUUCCCACACCAAGAUGCUCGUUGGCAGCACAGACAAGAACAUGCUCGACGUAUUCAAUCAAGAAGUUGGGAUGCGGCUCUUCACCGCACUGUGCAAGCACCUCAAACGCCAGCGCAUUUCUGUCGCCGGCUCCAUCAAGCUCAUCAGCGACGUGAACCUCUACCAUUCCUACGUCUCUACGCUCAAGAAUAAAGAUCUGCUUCAGUUCUUCAUUGCGCUAAGGGAGCUGAGCCAGAUAUACCUCGUCGAUCCGUCAGAUGCAAAGUCUUUGGCUACCAUUAUUGCAGAUGGUGAUCGUUUCAAGGGUAUCUUUCGGGCGGAAGAGGUGUAUGAAUUCGCGGAGCGGAGGGCGGAUUGGUAUAGUAUCAAGGGCAAAGUGGAGAGGCAUAUGUAUGGCAUUGGAUGCGCUGUUAUGUGA